AAAAGUUGAGCUUGGAACUGCAAAGGUUGCUGGGAAAAUGGGCAUCAGUGUUGAUCUGGAAGACAGGUCUGCUAAGCUGGUUCUUAAUGUAGGGGCAAUCACACUUGGAGAGAAGAACAGAAAGGGAAUGAAGAACUGCCUCAGGAAGAGGGAGAGGGAAAACAUGUCUCAAGCCAUGUGUGCGCUACUGAAUUCUGGAGGCGGGGUGAUCAAGGUUAAAAUUGAAAACAAAAAUUACAGUCUCCUUAGGGAUGGGCUGGGCCUGGAUUUGGAAGCCUCUCUUUGUAAAUGUCUGCCGUUUAUUCAGAGGCACCUCGACUUCAUGGAGCGCGGAGGCUACUUUUAUAUCUCCGUGAAGUCAUGGAGUCUGGAUAUCUUCGGGCUGCCGAUUGGCACCCUGAGAACCAAUUUGUAUAUACGAAGCCUGUCUUCCUCAGUAGAACUGAGUGCUGCCGCUGCUGCUGAGUUACUCCAACAGCUGGAGGAAACUGGAGGGAGAGCCUGUGUCAGACCACGGUGGCCUGCCAGCAGACCCUGCCCUGGAAUAGAAGGAGAGAGUCUCCUGGAAGACUUGGCUGUUGCAUUUUUUAGCAAGACGGAAGUGCAGUAUGAGGAAAAUUUCCCGUUUACCAGAUCCAUAUAUGUCGAAGUGAAGUUGCUUUCUGUGAAACAACUGCUAAAAUGCGUUAGAGAGCUCAUCCCUCGGACUGUUUCUGCUUUUGCAAACACAGACGGGGGAUAUUUGUUCAUUGGUUUGGAUGGGAAAAAGCAGCAAGUCAUUGGUUUUGAGGCAGAGGAGGGCGAUCUUGUGCAUCUAGAGAGUGAAAUAGCAAAGUGCAUCCGACAGCUGCCUGUCACUCACUUCUGUGAGGAGAAGGGGACCGUAAAGUACUCGUGCAAAUUCAUCGAAGCGCACAAGUCCGGGGCUGUGUGUUCAUACGUCUGUGCGCUCAGAGUGGAGAGGUUCUGCUGCGCAGUGUUCGCUGCAGAGCCUGAGUCCUGGCGUGUGGAAGACAGCUGCGUGAGGAGCUUUACCACGGAGGAAUGGGUCAAGCUCCAGAUGGAUCCCACAGCAUGCUGAGGAGGGGGAGAUUGUCAGGGGCUGUGAUUUAGAAUUCAUUGAGUGCUGCCCACUGGUUGGCACACCCACAAUGGGUGGACCCCAGAGAGGCAGAGCCCAGGAGACUUCCGUGUCCCGAGGACGCCAUGCUGCUAUGGAGCAUCGCUCCGCCUUUUGUCCUUGUGGUCACCACAUCUCCUAUGAGUUGUUUGAGAACUCU